AGUCGGAGCCACUCCGAGCGGAGGCACGAGGCACCCGGACUUUUGGACAGGAAACAGAUCUUGCAAACGGCAAGCACCUCUGAGAAGGAUGUUGUCACCCUUGCUCAUUCUCCCUCUGCUGCUGGGAACCACAGCACACGGCCCGGUGAACAGAGCAGCAUCCAGGGAUGUCACCACCUUUUUCCAGCUGGCUCAGGAGGACACUUGGCAGAAUGUCAAUCUCAACAGCAUGUCCUGUGAGGAUCAGAAGAACAGGACCUGGAUCACACUGCAGCUGACCAACAGCAGCCUGACAGCUUUCCCCGUCUGCCUUCCAGAGGCCCUGGAGACCUUGGAUCUCAGCAAUAACCUCUUGGAAGUGGUGAAUGGCACAGAGAUAGCAAACCUCCCACAUCUGCGUGUCCUCUCGCUGAGGCACAACCACCUCUGGUCAGUGAGGUGGGGAUCUGAAGCCCUCAGCAGUCUCCUCAAGCUGGACUUGAGCUUUAAUAAGCUGUCAUCUGUGCCAUCCUGCCACGGCUCUGCCCUGCCUAACCUAAGGUGGUUGUCCUUGGCUGGAAAUCCCCUGAUUGAAAUCCAGCCACUGGCUUUUUCCUGCUACCCUCAGCUGCAGGUCUUGAACCUCUCUGCAACACUGCUUGGGCAGGAUGACAGCAGAGGAAUUAGGGACUCUGCUUUUGCCAUCAGCACAGAUCCCAACGAGGCCAUGAACAGGCCUGGAAACUCCAUCAAUGUGCUUGAUCUGAGCGGGACCUUUUUUGAAAAAAUUCAACCAGAGUGGGCCAGAGAUUUGGCCAACCUCAGAUCACUUCACCUGACAAACAUGCCACGGUUAAGAAGCCUCGACAGCGACAUCUUCAAGUCUCUGCCUGGUCUCCGAGAGCUGCACUGUCAGGACUCACGUUCUCUGGGUUUCGUGCAGACAGAGAUGUUUGACAGUGCUCUUCAUCUGAGCCAUCUCUCAUUUGAGAACUGUAACCUGAGUUCCUUUAAUCCUUGGAACACCAAUUCAUCGGAUGGCAUCAUCAUCAACUUAUACGGGAAUCCUCUGCUGUGCAACUGCCAGCUCUCUUGGCUGCUGUCCAAGCCCAAGAAAGUUGUUCUGCAAAAGGCUUGGGAGACUUUUUGCACAUCCCAGGAAGAUUUGGGCAGACCUUCGACAUCUUUUUCACUGCUGGAGCUCUACGAUAAAUGCCAGUCAGAGAACAAUGUUACACAGCCUGAUUCAAACACAGCCCUUCCUGAUCGUGAUGCUUUCAACUUCACCAGUGAUGAUGCCUCUGCUGUAGUAACAACAGACUCAGCUCUGCUGACCACAGAUUUGACUCACACCAGCUCCCUAAUCCAGAGGGAUGUGAUGAGCAUGACAGCAUCCAACCCAACUGAGCCCAUCCUAGCAAAGGCCAACAGUUCCUCACACGAGGUGGAGGCAGUUUCGGAAUCCACAAGCAGUUCCCCUUCCUUGGCAUCUGUAACCUCCUUCCCGGUUUUUCUCCAAGAGCUCUUUGCUCAGUUCCCAGACCACAGCUCCACAAGUCCAACUGGAACAGAACAGCUACAGAGAGGGCUCAGAACAACUGACACAACAUUCCCCUGGGAAGGGUCAUUCAACCAGACCACCAGUGAUUAUUCCUCUGGAGGAACAGGAGUCCCCCACACCACCAACCAGCACACUCACUCCUUUGCCACCCAUGCCAUGGAAGGUACCCCCCAAAUGAGUCCCCCACAGCUGAACUCCACAAGGAGCAGUGCCCACUCAGAGCCUGCACCCACCACGCCAUCACCACAUUACACCGAUGACUAUGACUACGAAGAACAACCAAAGGAGGAAACGCCGGUGCAAACGGCCCAGGUCGCCUGUGACUACAAUCCUUGCAGGCACCUGCAGAAGCCAUGCAGGGAACUCCAGAAUAUAUUCCAGUGUUCAUGUCCUGGCACGUCAAGGGAAGAUGAGAUUCCAGACCCACCCAGGCUCAGAGAGGUGAUUGAAAUCACUGACAGCUCUGCACAGAUACGCUGGUGUGCCCCAUAUUCAGUUGUUCACAGCUAUGAGCUGAUGCUUCGUGCCCAAGACAAUGAGGACAGGCAGUUUGUAAUGGACAACAUCUACCCCACAGCCAGGCAGUACACUCUGUACAACCUGCUACCAUUCACCACUUACCAUAUCUGUGUGACUGCCUCAAACAAAGCAGGGUCAAGCCAGACAACAGGCCAGGAAAUUCCAGGUAAUUCGUGCACCAGCUUUAAAACAAAACCCAGCUACAAGUAUGUUUUUGCUGGUCUGUCUGCAGCAAGUGGACUCUUUCUCAUUACCACAAUUAUUUUGUCUGUAUGUCUGUGUAAGGCAUGUAAAAAGCCUCAGAGUGAGCAGUAUGGCACACACUUAGUCUCCUACAAGAACCCAGCAUUUGAUUAUCCCUUAAAACUGCAAACCACUAAUUAGGUCUGGGUGAUUGUUCUACGCAUUCAAAGUUCACUAUCUCCAUCACCUUGGUGUGUUUUUUGUGAGACUCUGAAAGUGUACUUCAGCAAAACCAUGAACCAUCAGAUUCCAUAACCCUGACAUUUCUAACAGAGAGAAAACCACCAAAAAAAGGGAAAAUCUAAUAAUGAAGGCAGUCAACCAGAAGAAAGUCUUUGGACUCCUGUUCCUGUGCUAAGCAGCAGCAAGCCUGGGCACUAACCUUGAAAAGUUGUUUUUGUAAUCACCUACAGAUAGAGUAGCAUAAAUUUCACACAGUGAGAGGCUGCCUGGCCAGCUGUCUGCCUCCAGUAUCUCUCAUGAACACAGUCAGAUGAGAGCUCUAAUCCAAGGUGCAUUAAGCUUAGCAAGACGUACUCUGCUUUUAUUCACAGAGCAAAGCUGGGGGUUCAAUUUUUUAAAGGUAUUAUCCAUAAAGGGACUAUAGCUGAAAGGAGUGAGUGGGCUCAGUGAUAAGGUGUUGUGCAGAUCUAAGUAAAUGCAGUAAAUGCAGUGGAUGCAGAUGAUCAAACAGUUCAGGAAAAAGAAACAUGAAAUUUAAUUGUAGUCACAGAUUGUGCAGGAUCUUUAGGGCAGGGGUAAUUGUUUUGUUCUGACUUUUUAUGAGGUUGUCCACAGCUGAGCCUCCCAAGUGCUUCCCCAAAACAAGCCCACAGGCAGUGGGGGGUUUGCAGUACAGCAGUGGCCCACAGAAGGGGGGAGGAGAGCAUGUUAACAUUUGCUUCCCAGUGGAUUUUAAGCAGAGAGGAUGUUCUCUCCCAAUCAUCCAUCCCAUCUACAGAUUUAGCAGCUGAUGAUUUACCUCAUACAGAGGCAAAAAGCCAAGUAAUGAAGCAAUUUAAUGUGUGUGCUGCUGAGGCUUGAAAAACCCAAAUCCUCUGCACUAGCAGCAGACAGUUCUGCAGACACCUUUCAAAUGAACUCUUGGGUGCCAAUUUCUGUACAAUAAUAGUAAGAAAGGCUGACAAUCCCAACUUUGAGCUUGCCAUUGGAAUCCAAAGAGGUGUCCCAAUCUGAUAUUUCCCCAUAGGCUUCAGUUCCAGGAGCUGCCUGUUCCUGCUGCUGUACAGACACACUGCAUGUUUUAUGAACUCUAAGGGGAAGGUGCUGUAGUGUGUAAAAGAGUCUCUGUUGCAUUCUUUUGGGGUUUUUAAUGCUUUCAGCAUUACUGAAAUAAAAGCCACAGAGCUAUGUUCUGUUUUUUUGUUAAA